AUGGCGGUGGCCCUGGCACCCUCUGGGUGGUGGCGGAGGUGGCGGCGGCGUUUGUCGGCACGGGAAGUUUCCAGGAUGUUGCUCCUUCUCCUUUUGCUGGGGUCUGGGCAGGGGCCACGGCAAGUCGGGGCGGGUCAAACGUUCGAGUACUUGAAACGGGAGCACUCGCUGUCGAAGCCCUACCAGGGUGUGGGUACAAGCAGUUCCUCCCUGUGGAAUCUGAUGGGCAAUGCCAUGGUGAUGACCCAGUAUAUCCGCCUUACCCCGGAUAUGCAAAGUAAACAAGGUGCCCUGUGGAACCGGGUGCCGUGUUUCCUGAGAGACUGGGAGUUGCAGGUGCACUUCAGAAUCCAUGGGCAAGGGAAGAAGAACCUGCACGGGGAUGGCUUGGCCAUCUGGUACACGAAGGAUCGGAUGCAGCCAGGGCCUGUGUUUGGAAACAUGGACAAAUUUGUGGGGCUGGGAGUAUUUGUAGACACCUAUCCCAAUGAGGAGAAGCAGCAAGAGGCCCAGAAGAGGCGGUAUUCUCCAGGAGUCCAGCGGGUGUUCCCCUACAUCUCAGCCAUGGUGAACAACGGCUCGCUCAGCUACGAUCACGAGCGGGAUGGGCGGCCUACAGAGCUGGGGGGCUGCACGGCCAUCGUCCGCAACCUCCACUACGACACCUUCCUUGUGGUCCGCUACGUCAAGAGGCACCUGACGAUAAUGAUGGACAUCGACGGCAAGCACGAGUGGAGGGACUGCAUAGAGGUGCCGGGCGUCCGCCUGCCCCGGGGCUACUACUUUGGCGCCUCGUCCAUCACGGGCGAUCUCUCGGACAACCACGAUGUCAUUUCCCUGAAGCUGUUUGAGCUGACAGUGGAGAGGACCCCGGAAGAGGAGAAGCUGCAUCGCGACGUGUUCCUGCCCUCAGUGGACAACAUGAAGCUGCCUGAGAUGACAGCCCCGCUGCCUCCCCUCAGCGGCCUGGCCCUCUUUCUCAUCGUCUUUUUCUCUCUGGUGUUUUCCGUCUUUGCCAUUGUCAUCGGGAUCAUCCUCUACAACAAAUGGCAGGACCAGAGUCGGAAGCGUUUCUACUGA